CAGAUUCCAACGGUUCUUGCUCUAGCUACGCUAACCACUACCGCCAAACACAAGAGAGAAACAGUCGGCAGGAACAUCGCAACCCAUUCAUGAAUAGAUCGUCAUCAUGUUAGCAGCUCGAGAUCAGGAGAAUCUCGUACACACACGCCAGACUGCCGCAGCAGGGAAACCAUUGAACCAAAACAUUCGAGCCCUACAAGCGAAGACGCCAGGAAAUUUAAAGACGCCAUUUCGUGCUAGUAAAAACGAUGAGAAUCAACCUUUCGCCUUCAAGGGACAGCAGAAGAACGGGAAAGAUGGCCCAGGAAAGUUGGACAAGAAUACAUUCGUUACACCUCUAGCACCACGCAAUAGAGCACCCUUGGGGGCAAAGACGACCAACGCGAAAGCUCAUGUAUUUCAGACGCCUGCUCCGGCUCCUUUGACGACCAAGCCAAAUCGAACGGCACAAAAGCAAUCUACGGCCCGCAGAUCAGGACGUUCCAAGAUUGCAGUCGCCCAAGCCGAGCCUGUCGAGACCGAUGUACUGGCAAAGAGACAGGAAGAGGAGGACGAACCAGACUAUGGCUAUGCACCUCCCCCACCAGUAGCGUUACCAGACCUGCCAUUGGAUUUCAAUUGUGAGGACUUUCCACCACCUCUCACAAGACAGGAGCUUUUGCAAGAACUUGAUGAACGCUACGCUUCGCCCAAGGACGAGAAUGGCAUCUCUUUGCGUCUCAAGAAGGAGGAAGAGGAGAAUCGUAGAUUUGAGGAGAAGAGAAUAAGAGAAAGUCUCAAGGUCUUGGACACCCCUAUCCUCCCAACAACCGAAGAAUUGAACAUACAGGUCGAUGCAAUGAUCGCAGCAGGACCGAAGAGGCAGGGACCACAGACGUCGAGAGUCGACACAGCAAAGGCUCGCUCGGCGGCUGCAGCUCUGUCACAACCCCAGCCGAGACUUCCAGCUGCUGCCAUGCGGCCGACUCAAGCAUCUGAGCAGAAGAAAACAGGCAUUCUUCCUGCAAUGAAGUCCAAGGCAUUGCCAGCACGGACCGCACCGAUGCCCAGCCGACCAGGACAUACCGACGUAUCACGGAAUACCAUUGGCUUUCCGAAGGCGAAGAAGGCACCAUCCAUCAUACCCAACAGCAUCCGAGAGACAAGACCAGUCAAGGUUGAUCAACACAAGAUACACCCAAAGGAGUUCCGCGAUCUAUAUGGCACCCCACCAAUCGAGAGCGACAUGUGGUUUCGACUCAGAGCCUACGAGUUGCUGGACGACGCAAACGUCAAAGAAGGGGCUGAUGACCUUGCAGAUGGUUUGUUCGAGGCGGACUUCUUCCCCUUUGAGAAUUCGAGGUUAGAUGACGAAGACUUCCAACUACCUAUGCCGGAGUGAGGGAUCAGGGAGCGGCGUUAUCACUUCUAUAUGAAUAUUCACGAAUCACGUACUGAUACCCGACGGAUACCACUGGAGUCGGAGAGCUUGGUGUUAGGGUCGGGUCAGAUUGAAGGUGUUAGCAUGCUCCAGUGAGCAAGACGCGCAUCUCGGCACGGAGUUUGCACAGGCAGGGAGUCCUUCAUGGCUACGAAUGAAAAGG